UAUAGUAAGUAAAUGAUUACUUGUUUGAAUCCCGGGCAGGAUUACACAAUUGAUUAUGGUGCAUAAAAAUAGCUUCAUCGGCACAUUUAUCUGCGGCAGCAUAAGCAAAUUCUUAUUUUUUUCCGGCGCUGUGGGUCCAGCGGUAGCUUUGAAAGGGUUAAGGUACGAGGGCAAAAGCCACUGCAGAAGAAAGGCAGAAAACGCCAAUCAGCCGCGCUAAAUCCGUCAGCUUAUUUGGGUGUCAGUGUAUCAGGCAGCACUUUCAACUCCUCGGCCGUGUGAGGAGGCGACCGUCGAAAAUAGCAGCAGUUUAUACCGAUUAUUCUAAUUUGCCCAUUUUGAUCCAGGGUGUCGACGUUUAAAGCGACGCGGAAGUGGCGCUUACUAAGUAUGCAAGUGUCUGAACAUCACGGCUAGCUGCGAUGGAACUGGGCCGCCAACUCUGCGGAAAGAUGAUAACCCGGAGGGGCGCCGUCAACGGGCCAACGACUUUAAGAGGCCUGGAAGUACAUUUCUACCUACAGGACAAACUUCCCCUGAAAUACUCCAAGGUCUGCUAUUCUGCUGAAGACCUGUGUGUUGAGGCAGCCAAGAAAUGUGGUAUUUCUCCUUUGUGUCACAACCUGUUUGCGCUGUAUGAUGAGAGCAGAAACCUGUGGCACCCUCCCAAUCAUGAGAUUGAAGUCGACGAGGGCAGCUCACUGAAGCUGCACUACCGUAUGAGGUUCUACUUCUGCAACUGGCACUGCACAAACGACAGCGAGACCCUGGUGUGGAGGCACUCUCUCAGCAAGCAGACGGGCCCCGGAGGAACGCCGCUGCUCGAUGCUGCCUCCCUGGAGUACCUGUUUGCACAGGGCCAGUAUGACUUCCUGAAAGGCCUGGUGCCGGUGAGGAGUCCCAGGAACGAGGCAGAUGCUCACGACAUUGAAAACGAGUGCCUUGGCAUGGCAGUGCUGGCGAUCUCGCACCGUGCCCUCAGCCAGGACCUGCCGCUGUCGGGGAAGGUGGGAGAUGUCAGCUAUAAGAAGUACAUCCCAGAGAGCCUCAACAAGUGCAUCAAGCAGCGCAAUGUCCUCACCCGCGUCCGCAUCAACGACGUCUUCAAGAACUUCCUCAACGAGUUCAACACCAAGACCAUCCUGGACAGCAGUGUGACCGCACAUGACCUGAAGAUCAAGUACCUGGCCACGCUGGAGACGCUGACCGUCGGCUUUGGCUGUGAGGUCUACGAGACCCACGGACUGCGCAUCUCUGCCGAGAGCGAGAAGUGGCUCCAGGACGGAGUGCCGCCGGUGUACGAGGUGAAGGUUUCUGGAAACAUGGGAAUAAUGUGGCGAGGAAAGCCGACCAAGAGCGUGCAGCCAGCCAAAGGAAAAAGGAAAUUAAAGAACAAGGGACAGGAGAGACAAGUAAAAAAUGAGAAAAAUGACAGUGAUGGCUGGAUUCUGUUUUCGGACUUCCAUGAGAUAACGCACAUCGUCAUCAAGGAGGCGGCCCUCACUAUCUACAAACAGGAAAACAAAAAGAUGGACCUCCAGAUGGCCUCUAGGGAUAUGGCGCUAGCCUUAGCAGCCCUGGUGGACGGCUAUUUCCGUCUAACUGUGGACGCCCAUCACUACCUGUGCACGGAUGUGGCGCCGUCCUCCGUGGUGAGGAACCUGCAGAAUGCCUGCUAUGGCCCCAUCAGCACGGAGUAUGCUGUCCACAAGCUGCGGCAGGAAGGCAAUGAGGAGGGCAUGUACCUCAUGCGCUGGAGCUGCACUAGCUACGACCACAUCCUCAUGACGGUCAUCUGCGUAGAGGCCGGCCCGGUCCUGUCCAGGAAUGGACGGCAAUACAAGAACUUUCAGAUCGAGGUGGGGAAGCAGGGCUACGGGCUAUGCGGGACCGACGCGAUGUGGCCCACCCUCCCGGAGCUCAUGGAGCACCUGACACUGCAGUGUCUACGGACCGACGACAUCAGCUUCCAGCUGAAGAGGUGCUGCCCCCCCCAGCCCAGAGAAGUCUCCAACCUACUGGUGAUGACUAAGAACAGAGUUCAUGACCCUCCGCCCCACUUGCAAGUCAGUCAGCUGAGCUUCCACCGGAUCCUCAAGGACGAGAUCACACAGGGAGAGCACCUGGGCCGAGGGACGAAGACCAACAUCUACGUGGGCCUCCUAAAGAGGAAACCCGAUGAAGAUGAGAUCGACGUCGGUAGCUACUCCUCCCAGGAGGUGAAGGUGGUCCUGAAGGUGCUGGGGUCUGGUCACAGAGACAUCUCCCUGGCCUUCUUUGAGGCAGCCAGCAUGAUGCAGCAGGUGUCCCACAAACACAUCGUCCUGCUGCACGGUGUCUGUGUGAGAGACCUGGAGAACAUCAUGGUGGAGGAGUUUGUGCAGCUAGGGCCCCUGGACCUCUUCAUGCGGAAGCAUCGCAGCCACCUGGACACGCCGUGGAAGUUCCAGGUGGCCAAGCAGCUGGCCAGCGCACUCAGCUACCUGGAGGACAAAAAGCUGGUCCAUGGUUACGUCUGCACCAAGAACGUUCUGCUGGCCCGGGAUGGCCUGGAAAGCAAGGGUGGACCUUUUGUCAAGCUGAGCGACCCAGGCAUCCCUGUCACCGUGCUCACCAGAGAAGAGUGCGUGGACCGAAUCCCCUGGAUUGCUCCGGAGUGCGUGAGGAACCGGACAGACCUGAGUGUGGCAGCAGACAAGUGGGGCUUUGGGACCACCCUGUGGGAGAUCUGCUAUGAUGGAGAGGUGCCACUGAAGGACAAGAAGCUCACCGAGAAGGAACGCUUCUACACGGCUGAGUGCUCUCUGGCUACGCCCAGCUGCAAGGAGCUGGCCAAGCUCAUGGUACACUGCAUGAACUACGACCCCCGCAAGAGGCCCUUCUUCAGAGCUAUCGUGAGGGACAUCGAGAUGCUCGAGGAGCAGAACCCACUAAUCCAGCCGGUACCAACCAUGGAGGUGGACCCCACCGUCUUCGAGAGGAGGUUCCUGAAGACGAUCCGAGAUCUGGGCGAGGGCCACUUUGGAAAGGUGGAGCUGUGCAUGUACGACCCCCAGAGCGACCGCACCGGCGAGCUGGUGGCUGUCAAGUCCCUGAAGCCAGAGACGACGGACGAGCAGAGCUGCAACCUGCAGCGUGAGGUUGACAUCCUCAAGGAGCUCUACCAUGAGAACAUCGUCAAGUACAAGGGCAUCUGCAGCGAGCAGGGAGGGCUGUCUAUCAAACUGAUCAUGGAGUACCUGCCAGCCGGCAGUCUCAAGGAGUACCUGCCUCAGAGGAAGGCACAGACGGACCUGCAGCGGCUCCUGACGUACGCCGUGCAGAUAUGCAAGGGAAUGGAUUAUCUGGGAUCCCGGAACUACAUCCACCGGGACCUGGCCGCCCGGAACGUGCUGGUGGAGAAUGAGCACAACGUCAAGAUCGGGGACUUUGGCCUGACUAAAAGCAUCAAGGACGGCGAGGGCUACUACACGGUCAAGGACGACCUGGAAAGCCCCGUCUUCUGGUACGCCCCCGAAUGUCUGGUCCACUGCAAGUUCUACCGCGCGUCGGACGUGUGGUCCUUUGGUGUCACCUUGUACGAGCUGCUCACCUACUGCGAGAGCGGCUCCAGCCCCAUGGUGAUGUUCCUGAAGAUGAUUGGCCCAACCCAUGGUCAGAUGACCGUCACCAGGCUAGUGAGGGCGUUGGAAGAGGGGAGGAGAUUACCGUGUCCCCCCAGCUGCCCAGAAACGGUCUCCGUCCUGAUGAGGAGGUGCUGGGAUAACUGCCCGGAGCAGCGGGUCACUUUCAGGGAGCUGAUCGAGGCUUUGCAGCCGCUGGCGGACAGGCAAUAGGAAGUCGGCGGACCUUCAUCAAGCUCUAAAGGGGAUUGAACUCUGCGCAGCGACAGACUCCUCGCUCCUUUUUAAAAUAACCACGUCUUCGUAAAUAGAGCAGCUUCUACGGGAUUUACCGCCAGUGGCUUUACGGCUCGCAGCAGUGCAGACGAAGCAGGCCGUCCAGACAGACAUGCUAUUUGAAACUGCUCACGUCGCAUUCAACUGCAUAUAUCGGUGACCACCCAUGGACACAAGAUGGCAGCAAAUCCCACCAAUUCACAAAAGGGAAAAACAAACGCUCACCUCACGCCCUGCGAGUCGCAAAUCGAAAUUAAAAUUAAACGGCAGGGCUCAGGUGAUUAUGGGUCCAAAGUUUGUGCUCGUUUUAUCUGGGAAAUCGGAAACAUUCCGCUGUGUGCAGAACGUUGUGAGCGAUGAAACUGGGAUGAUCAGGACUUACCAGAAGCAGGAGCAGCGGCGAGGCGAGGCGAGGCGGUGGUGCUGAUGAUGUGAGAUGCAGGACGGCAGCCAGCAGAGCUGAGAAGCUGCGGAGAAGCUACAGGCUCCAUUAAAGGACACCACGAGUGGGAGAGCCGAGGGAGACGGACGCCGGCGAGAAAAGCACACCAGUAAACGUGACUGCGACUCCAUUUCCGCCAUUUUUAUUCCAGAAUGUAAAAGAAAAAUGCCUCUCCGUUUGGGAGAGGAAAAUAAAUUUCGACAAGGAAGAUGGUAAUCGGCUGGGCAAAAAAAAAAAAAAAAAAAAUGUACAUAAAUACACAUUUAAUCCAAUUAAAUAAAAGUCAUUUAAAUGAAAA